AUGAUCUACUCCACGGGUCAUGCUCUCGCCGAUUUCGUCACUUUCAUGGGGACCUUUCUCUUCUUCGCCGAAGCGAUGGAUGUCAGUACCACCAAUGUCUUCGGAAUGCCCUCAGCCAUCAUGGGCGUGAUCGGCGCCCUUGCAGCAGGCGGCGCAGAUUUCCUCGUUGCCAAGAUGCCCAUCAAGAACAUGGCAGUUUUUACCAUGCGCACAAUCACAACUGUCACCACCGUUCUUUCCAAGAUCAUCUUCUCUCUCAGGUCCUGGUCAGAAGUUGGAGCGGUGUUCAACACGGUCUUGGUGUUCCCUGCACUUUUCUGCACUUGCUAUCAUUUCUAUGAACUCUCGAAGAAGCCUGUCAGCAAGAUGCGAUCAUUGGCUAUUAUUGGAGAGACUUCGAAUAUGGUGCAGUAUGUCGGGCGGAUUUCCUACUGUGUUGCGAUUUUUGACCCUGAGCCAUCGACGAGGCUCACACCAGCUAGUGUUAUGGCGGGAUGCAACGUUGUCAUGUUUGGAUUAGAGACUGCUGGUGCCUUGAUCGUUUGA